AUGAUGAUGAAGGCCACACUGGGAUUAUCGUCUACCGAGGAUGAGGGUGAAGACCCCUGGUACCAGAAAGUGUGCAAAUGCGAUUGCCAAGGAGGUGCCAACACCCUCUGGUCUGCUGGUGCCACCUCCUUAGACUGCAUACCAGAAUGCCCAUAUCAUAAGCCCCUGGGGUUCGAGUCAGGAGAGGUCACACCAGACCAGAUCACCUGCUCCAACCUGGAGCAGUAUGUGGGCUGGUAUUCCUCAUGGACAGCUAACAAGGCCCGGCUCAACAGUCAAGGCUUUGGGUGCGCCUGGCUCUCCAAGUACCAAGACAGCAGCCAGUGGCUACAGAUAGAUCUGAAGGAGGUCAAGGUGAUUUCAGGGAUCCUCACCCAGGGACGCUGUGACAUCGAUGAGUGGAUGACCAAGUACAGUGUGCAGUACAGGACGGAUGAGAACCUGAACUGGAUUUACUAUAAGGACCAGACAGGAAACAACCGGGUCUUCUAUGGAAACUCAGACCGAACCUCCACAGUCCAGAACCUCCUGAGGCCCCCCAUCAUUUCCCGCUUCAUCCGGUUGAUCCCGCUGGGCUGGCACGUCCGCAUUGCCAUCCGGAUGGAGCUGCUGGAGUGCGUCAGCAAGUGUGCCUGAGGCCUCCCUCCGCGAGGCACCUGCCGUGGGGGCUGGAGGGCGCAAAGCAGCCUCUAGGGGAACCCUG